GAAGACAUGUCCUUGCAAGGGACGAGUGGUGACAAUGCAGGUUUCGCGGAAGAGCGGGAUGCAGAGGAGGGGGAGGUGGGAGAGGAGGGAGAGGAGCGAGAGGAGGGAGAGGAGGGCGAGGAGGGAGAGGAGGAGGGAGAGGAGGAGGAGGAGGAGGAGGAGGAGGAGGAGGAGGAGGAGGAGGAGGAGGAGGAGGAGGAGGAGGAGGAGGAGGAGGAGGAGGAGGAGGAGGGGGGGGGGGGGGUGAAGCGGCGGAGCCAGGAGAGGAGGAUCCGUACCCAGAGACUAAGAAGUGCCGUGGCGCAGCAGCAGAAGCCGAGAAGCUGACAGAGCAUGAGAGCACUGCGAG